AUGUCCACAAUCAGCAAAGGGGACGUUGCCCCAAUUUUUGACUUUUCCCAAACACCACUAGCCAAAGUGUACGAAGGGUUUUAUGUCAAAGUUCUCGAUAAUGUCUUUACACGAAAGGAAUGUGAGGAUCUGAUCGCCCUCGCAGAGUCGGAUCAAGAAUGGACCGCAGCUGAGUUAAACAACGACGUGGUGCCAGAUUACAGAAACAGCUUGCGUAUUCUGCGCUUCGACCACAAUACGGCCGACAUGAUUUUCCAGCGGCUUUUGCCUUACAUCCCCGAACUUAUCGAAAUUGAACCAGGCGACGAAUGGGAAGGAGUCAUUGGAAAGCCUGGAACUGUUGAAGGAACUUGGAACUUGGUUGGGGUCAAUGAACGGCUCAGCUUUCUGAGAUAUGAAAAAGGGCACUUCUUUAAGCCACAUCUGGAUGGUCAGAUAGAACUUUCCGAUGGGCGUCAAGCUCGCGUCACGCUGCAAAUUUAUCUUGGAGAAGAAGGGGUGCAGGGAGGGGCAACGCGUAUACUUGGGCCGAAAGGAAAAUAUGUGGAUAUUGAGCCCAAGAUGGGUCGAGUGUUAAUAUUCCAGCAAAGAGGUUUUGGUCAUAGUGGAGAAGGAGUGCGUGAAGGAGUCAAGUACACUUUGAGGAGUGAUUUUAUGUACCGUACUAUCUAUAUCGAGGAGAUUGAAGAUGUUGACGAGUAG